UUCUCCAACGAUCAAAACAAACGGACAGAAAUAAACCAGCAUCUUCUAUAUAUACAGUUGGGGUCCAAAUUUGUUUAUAGAACAGCUAUAGAUUUCGUCCAGUGAACUUAUCUUACGCGUUUCUUCAGUACUCUACUUCAUCAUGAACAGCUUCACCGUCCUCCUGUGCUUAGCCGCCGUGGCCCUCAGCAGCGCCCACCCCCCGGUGUUCCGGCGUCUGCACGCGCGGCAGUACUUCCCCGCCUACCCCGCGGCCUACCCGGCGGUGUACUCCGCGCCGGCGCACUACACCGCCGCGCUCGCCCCCACGGUUCACUACGUGCAGCGUGUGCAGCCAGCAAUCAACACCGUCCAUGUGCCCGCGCCGCUACCGGUCGCGUCCGUGGUGGAGACCGUGGCGCCCUCCGCCUCGUACCCCACCUACACGCACACCAACACACAGGUCCACACCACCUCGGGGAGCAUCUACCGCGUGGACACGCCGGUCACGUACACCACCACGCUGCAGGCGCCGGCCGUGCACCGCACCUACCAGUACGACACGGUGCACGCCGCCGCGCCACACACCUUGAGGUACGUCAACGGGGUGUGGUGCUGAACACAAAACUGAAUAGGAGAGAGGAGAUUAUCGUGCAGGAAGAGUUGUAGAUGGACAAUAUGUGAAGUGUAAUAUGUUAGGUACUUAUUAGGUUUAGACAAUAGUGCAAUAAAUUAUUAUUAAUAUUUUA